AUGUUCAAUAUACCUUAUGGUCUAAACUGUGUCAAGUACCAAAAAGGAAAACACGAAAAUAAAAAUGCGGUGAAGUUGGUUUUGUUGCCGAUAAGAGGGAUAACCACAGUUUGUUGCUCCCCGGCCAUCAGCAAUCGCCAUGGAAGGGACAAACGGACUACCACCAUAUACACAGCCGUCGUCAUUGAUCACACCGCCUUGUAUUACACAGUGUGCUCCUUCUUUGAAAGAACCCUCCCGGAAACCAACACCUCGGCGCCAUGUAUAAUGAGUUCACUGCAAUUUCACUCAGGUGCUGAUCCUCACCUCAAUGUGGCUCUACUUCUAAACCUUCUUAAUGGCAAUUUCGUGUUCUCAAUUCAUGUCGUUAGCGACGAAGACGAAGUUAUUUGUGGUGCUCGUGCUUGA